CAAUAUUCAAAGCUUACUAAGACCAAUUUUUGGAAAGCCCACGUCCCGUCAAGGCUAUGUAAGCAUUGUGACGGGUGCUUGCUUCAACUUCAGCUUAAGUUUGUCCCAGAUUCGUGCUAAAUUAAUAGAUUGGAACUACUAUCAUAAUUUUGAAUCGAGCUGCUAAACACCUUAGAAAUAUCCUUCUAAUAAUAGAUGGAAUACUUUCUUAAACGGAUCCCUGCCUUCAGUCGUGCAUUAGGUGAUAUCGACUCUGACAGUGAUGACGACGACUCAAUCGUUGACCAGAAUGGUCUCGAUGUUCCCGAUAAUUCGCUGCUAUUCACAAAUGAGCAAGAUGAAGAAUUAAACACCUAUCAGAUAUUUCGAGAUUAUACAACAAUAUCACAUGUAAUUCUAGCUAUUGGACCAUUAACAAGUGCAUUCGUAAUCAUUGGCGCUGGCAUAACCCAUAAAAGUUUAUCUAUUAUUAAAGUAUCAUAUAAGAAGACUUCUCUAGUAUUCAACAGUUACUAUCUUCCAGAUUAUGACAACACAUUAAUUAUUUGUAUUGAACAUGAACCUAAAUAUUUGUGCUAUCAACACAAGUAUAUCCUUUGUAGAUACUUUCAACGUGUUUUUUGUCAUAAUGAGAAUUUCGAUAAGGAUAAAAUUACUAUUAAAGAUAUUAAUAUACUAUGUAGUCGUCCAGUUACUCAGUAUUCUUCUAAAUUGAAGACACCUCCCCCUUUUAUCAAAUGUAUACCAACUUAUUCUGGAUUAAGUAGUCCAUUUCCAAAGCUGGAAGAACCGACAAUUUUGACAGGUUUACCAGCUGAAGCGCUGAAUUGGUUUUAUUUCAAGUCAUUACCAGUCAAUUUAUAUAUUGUAUUUUAUUUACCACACGUUAGUGUCUGUGAAUGGUCUGCAGUAAAAGAGAUAUUCAACAGUCUAUUACCAGUUGGUAUUGAAAUUAUGCAAAAGCAGUUUUCAUCCAACAAUCAGUGGGACAAUAAUUUAUUAAGUGAAAAACUCAAGGAAAUGUGUAUUACUGCAGUUUGCAAUAGUGAACGUGCAAAGACAGACCAAAUGUAUACUUGAGCUGCAAUCAAACUAACUUUUUUGUUUUUUUAAAACAUGAUAUUUUAUAUUGUAUUAAGUACUUUAUAUUAAUUGGCAAUAAAAAGAGAAGCAACUG